UAUUUUUCUAUUUUUUUUGUUGUUUUAUAACUCCAACUUUUUUAAUAGGCCUAUAAUGUUGAAGAAUACAAGCUUAAUGACUGUGCAACGCCGAUCCAUGCACUGGAGUCGUGCUUUAUUCAUGGAAAAGGCCAGCUCACCUUCCUUCAACACCAAGUCUGUUGCUGAUCAACUUUCUUUAUCACCAAGUGUAUUGACACAAGCUUUAACCCACAAAUCGUUCAAACAUGGUAAAGUUCCUUCCAAUGAGCGUCUUCAAUAUGUGGGCCAUCGUUCGUUAGAGUUCUUUGCUCUUGAAGCCAAUAUGAACAAGCAAGGUGUCGAGGAAUUAAAGAAUGCCAUUGUCAAGGUAUUCGAACCUGCCCAUUUAGCUGCCAAAUUUGAUGCCUUGGGUUUAGAAGCUGGUGUUCAAUGUCAUUUGCCUCAGGAUGUCGUUACACUUUCCGUCAAGUCAAAGACACUUGAAGCCAUUGUUGGUGCCAUUUACCAUGAACGUGGAUUAAACGCCGCUAAAGAAUUUGUAAAGAAGCAUGUUUUAGUUUAAGAGAAAGCUAUAGAAAAGGAUGAAUUAAAAAGAAUAAACU